AAUUAUACUUGAAAAAAAGUUAUAACUUGAUGCUAAUUUAUAUUUUCCUGAAUCUCAUUUUUUCCAGACUAAAAUGGAGCUAAGGAUAUCUGUAGGCAGUAUUUGGCAGAGGAGGGUCUGAAAUGGAAGGAAAUGCUUGUGAGAAUGAAUUAUAAUCAAACUUACUGUGUGGGAACAGCCAUAUCUAGAAAUGAUGGCACUCAAAAUAUAUAAAAAAAAAUGAUUCUAUUACCCAAAUUUAAUCAAAGUAAAUUGAGUGUUCCAGAAAAGAAUCUAGUUUGCUGGAAUGGAAAGAACAACAAAAUUAGACUUGUUUUAAAAAUCUACACCUAUAAGCAGUGCGAACUACUUAAUUUCGAUGAGCCUCAGUUUCUUUAUUGUAGGGUAUUGUGAGCAUUUAUUUCACAUUUAUUGACUAGUAGGGCCAGGACUGUACUAGGCAGGUGCUAAGGAUACAAAAAUGAAGGAGGCACCGUCCUUGCCCUCAAUAUUAAUACAGUGUAGUAACCAUUAUAACAUCUAUUAAGUGUUUUCUAUGUGCCAGGUACUAUUAUAAAUACAUUUAACUCAUUAAAUCGUCAUUUAAAAUCUUUCUCACAAUCUAAAACAUAGGUGCUAUUGUUAUCAUUUACAUUUGUACAAGAGGCAAAGAGAAAUCUUGCCCAGGAUCCAACAGCCAUCAAACACUGGGACUGGGCCACAUCUUGACAGAGGACAGACACUUACAAUAUUGUGCAUGUGCAGGAUGGUGCAGGGUGGUGUGCAAGCGUUCCACGCUGAAGGAGCAGUUUUAGUUCACCCGUUCGCAAAACAGGGAUUAAAACAUUACUACCUCUUGAGGUUGUGCCGAUUAAAUGAAAUAUUAUAGUAUAUUUAACAGUAUUGUGCCUGGACCAUAGUACGCGCUAAAUUAAUGCUAUUAAUUUCAGUUUAUUCCUUUAAGUUGGAUCACCGCGGCGUAGCCAAGCACGCUUUCAAGGCGUCAACUACAUACAGGCUUUUCAAAUGCGUAAUUUACGUUACUAUCAACAACGUGAAAGCCUUCUAGUUGUUUUAUGUUCCGAUACACGAUAGGGCCACUCUCUUUGAUGACUUUUUUCCGUUUUCGAGUCUCACCUAUUUUCUCUCUCAAGUUCUCCGUCUGUCUCAUUUUAUUUCACCACCUCCACCACAAACGAAAUUCACGGAGGAGCCACGGUGCGGCGCGUGGGCGCGCGCUUCAUGCAGCCACAAACGUUGCUACACCCACCUAACCCAAUGCGCGAACGCUCGACCGAGUUCACGCGGGAGGAGACGCGAUCUUGAACAAGAACGUCUAACCCCACCCUACCUCCCAGGGGUCACAUGACUGGCGCCUGCGUCCUCGACCCAAGGUCUUUCCUGGCCGCCUACUGGCUGUUUACUUGACUACAUGCUGUCGCGAGGCUCAUUCCGGAAGUGGGCACUUCAACUAUACUCCUCGGCGGAAGCGUGUCACAACCUAGCCGUCCACUCGUAGCGGAAGUUCGUCACGGCGCAGUUGCCGCCGUACAGCGGAUGUGUGUCGCUGCGUAAGUGACGCUGGAAAGUGCUUGCAGCCUCCGCUGCUGCCUUCUGGUUGAAGCACUAUGGAGGAAGAGAGGAAGAACAACAAACGGUGGUAUUUUACUCGAGAGCAGCUGGAAAAUAGCCCAUCCCGGCGUUUUGGCCUGGACCCAGAUAAAGAGCUUUCUUAUCGUCAGCAGGCGGCCAAUCUGCUUCAGGACAUGGGGCAACGUCUUAACGUCUCACAAUUGACUAUCAACACUGCUAUAGUAUACAUGCAUCGAUUCUACAUGAUUCAGUCCUUUACACAGUUCCAUCGAAAUUCUGUGGCUCCAGCGGCCUUAUUUCUAGCAGCUAAAGUAGAGGAGCAGCCAAAAAAAUUAGAACACGUCAUCAAGGUAGCACAUGCUUGUCUCCAUCCACAGGAAUCGCUUCCUGAUACUAGGAGUGAGGCUUACCUGCAGCAAGUUCAAGAUCUGGUAAUAUUAGAAAGCAUAAUUCUGCAGACUUUAGGCUUUGAGCUAACAAUUGAUCACCCACAUACACAUGUGGUAAAGUGCACUCAACUUGUUCGAGCAAGCAAGGACUUAGCACAGACUUCUUACUUCAUGGCAACCAACAGCCUGCAUUUGACCACAUUUAGCCUGCAGUACACACCUCCUGUGGUGGCCUGUGUCUGCAUUCAUCUGGCUUGCAAGUGGUCCAACUGGGAGAUCCCAGUCUCAACUGAUGGCAAGCACUGGUGGGAGUAUGUUGACGCCACUGUGACCCUGGAACUUUUAGAUGAACUGACACAUGAAUUUCUACAGAUUCUGGAGAAAACCCCCAACAGGCUUAAACGAAUUCGGAAUUGGAGGGCAUGCCAAGCUGCCAGGAAAACAAAAGCAGAUGACCGGGGAGUAGAUGCAAACACUUCGGAGCAGACAAUCCUCAAUAUGAUUUCCCAGAGCUCUUCAGACACAACUAUUGCAGGCUUAAUGAGCAUGUCAACGUCUUCUACCACAAGUGCAGUGCCUUCCCUUCCAGCUACUGAAGAGUCAUCCAGCAACUUAAGCAGUGUGGAGAUGUUACAGGGCGAGCGUUGGCUAUCCUCCCAACCUCCUUUUAAAAUAGAACCUGCUCAGGGUCAUCGGACUAGUGAGAAUAUAGCACUUACAGGAGUUGAUCAUUUCUUGCAACAGGAUGGUUCAAAUGCAAUUAUUUCCCAGAAGCAGACUAGUAAGAGUGUGCCAUCAGCUAAAGUAUCACUGAAAGAAUACCGUGCAAAGCAUGCAGAAGAGUUGGCUGCUCAGAAGAGGCAACUAGAGAACAUGGAGGCCAAUGUGAAGUCACAGUAUGCAUAUGCUGCCCAGAAUCUCCUCUCUCAACAUGAUAGCCAUUCUUCGGUCAUUCUGAAAAUGCCCAUAGAGGGCUCAGAAAACCCAGAGCGGCCUUUUCUGGAAAAGCCUGACAAAACAGCUCUCAAAAUGAGAAUCCCAGUGGCAAGUGGAGAUAAAGCUGCCUCUUCAAAACCGGAUGAGAUAAAAAUGCGCAUUAAAGUCCAUGCUGCAGCUGACAAGCACAAUUCUGUAGAUGACAGUGUUACAAAGAGUCGAGAGCACAAAGACAAGCACAAGACUCAUCCAUCUAAUCAUCAUCAUCAUCACAAUCACCACUCACACAAGCAUUCUCACUCACAGCUUCCAGCUGGUUCUGGGAACAAACGUCAGGGUGAUCCGAAACAUAGUAGCCAGACAAGUGCUUUAGCACACAAAACCUAUAGCUUGUCUAGUUCGUUCUCCUCUUCCAGUUCUACUCGUAAAAGGGGUCCCCCUGAAGAUACUGGAGGGGCAAUGUUUGAUCAUCCAGCCAAGAUUGCCAAGAGUACUAAAUCCUCUUCCAUAAAUUUCUUCCCUCCUCUUCCUACAAUGGCCCAGUUGCCUGGACAUAGCUCAGACACAAGUGGCCUUCAUUUUUCACAGCCCAGCUGUAAAUCUCGAGUUGCUCAUAUGAAACUGGAUAAAGGUCCCACGGGGGCCAAUGGUCACAACACAACCCAGACAAUAGACUAUCAAGAUACUGUGAAUAUGCUUCACUCCCUUCUCAAUGCCCAGGGUGUUCAGCCCACUCAGCCCCCUGCGUUUGAAUUUGUUCAUUCUUAUGGUGAAUAUCUAAAUCCACGGGCUGGUGGAAUGUCCUCCAGAUCUGGCAAUACAGACAAACCCCGACUACCACCUCUACCUUCAGAACCUCCUCCACCCCUUCCACCCCUUCCUAAGUAAAAAAAAAAAAAAAAAAAAAGAGGAGAAAAAACUUCUUUAAAAACACUUUUUUUUAAAAAAACAAAACUACUGAUUCUGGACUAAGAAAAUUACUUCCCUAAUGAAAUAUGUCUCCCUUCUUCGACUAGGGAAUAAAUUAAUAUUGAGACAUAGAUAGGAGGAUGGUAGAUGGCCUUGGUGGUUAUAUCUGCUGCCUCAGAAAUUUAACUAUUUUAUUAUAGUUUUUACUGGUAUUAGAGAUGUGAGAAUGUGAUGAAGCUGUGAAAGAUUAAGAAUACUUUCUCUAUUCUUGGCCUCUCUGCCUCCUAAUUAGGUUGAUUAGAGUUGAUGUCUUCCCUCUUCUUGCCAGGACUGAAGUAUGGAGGGUUUGUUCUAUCAAACAGUUGUGGAUCCUUUUGGUGUUUAAUAUAUCAGAAGAGAGGAAGUAUUUAAACGUCAAAAUCUUUUAAGAGACUUAAAAAAAAUAAUUUAAACAAAGUAAGUUAUCUUAGUUUUUUUAUAUAUAUAAUUGGGGAGGGGAUAGGGAUUUUGCUGUGUGUAUGCGAUACAUAGCAAUGAGUCCUGGGGGGUGGGACUAAAGGGUGGGGGGGUGCGUAGGACGAUGGGAGGGUAAGCUUUCGGCCAUGAGAUCUGAGAUAGGCUUUGGCCACUUGAAGUGUUGACACCUUUAAGUGUGUAUGAAAGUGUGGGUAUGUAUGUUUUUAAGUGUGUGUGUUUAAAAAUCAUGUUGUAUCUUUCCCUUGUCCCUCACCAUUCACUUCCCAACGGUCUACUAGAGAGAACAUGGUGUGGCCUUUAGAACAUGAAGGAAGAGGCAUGCAUUUGACAUGGUAUUUUCCCCUUUCUUUAUGCUGUAAUUGAAUGGUAGCCUUCUAAAUUCUAGUUUGGGCAAGUGCAGCCAAUGCCCUGACUCUGGACUCCAUUAUAAAAACUUCCUCCCCCCCCUUUUAUCAUUUUUGCAGAACAAAGGUGGGGUUGAGGAAAAAGGGUUGGAGAGCAAGGCUGGCUUCUGCCCUACAGAAUUGGGUGUGUCUUUUUUCAAGUUGGGCUUUGGGAAAGUGUUCAAGUGAGAGCAGUCUCAGGGUCUCUGAUGGAAAGGGGUAUGUGCUAUAUAUCCUGCCUGUGAAAGCCCAGACCAUGUGGGAAUUGUUCUGGAGAAGUCAUAGAGCUAGAGAAUCCUGAAAACAAUGAAAUUGUGAUUGGGGAUUUUUAGGACAUUGUAUUUUAAAUUAUAUUAUAAAUGUGAGACUUGCUUUUCGUCUGUAUAUCUGAAGGCAAACAGCUGUAUCCUCAGUUUUUGCAGCCUAGAUGGCUUGAGAUUGGAGCUUGUGAAUUUAAUAGCCAUGAGGGUGAGCAAGCCUAGCCCAGAGAUAACUAUUAUGUUUAGAUUGUCCAUAUUUGGUAGCUUUAGAUUCUAGGCAGAGGUUGUUCACGGAGAUUUCUAAGAAUCCUUAAAACAAAAAAUGGAUCAGGUGUCCUGUUCUUAUGGGUACUUGAUUAUCACAGAUUUUAGGAGUGAACGUUUUUGUUGAGGAAAGAAAUCUUUUAAGGGGCUGGAAUAAUUCAAGCCAAGUUGUGUCAGUGAAAAUGCCACCUAGCCACGGAUCAUUUGAUGUGAUACUCUUAGGUCUUCAUGGCAGUUUUUGCUACGGAAAAAAUGAUGCAGUUUGAAUUUGUCUUGUUUUUAAUGCAGCUCCCUUCACAUCAAAUAUUCUUCAUGGACAAGUUGAAAUUCUUUUCAUUGGAAGUCAUAGGGUAUCAGGAGUUGUACAUGUGCUGCUGCUUUCCAGGAACAGGUUGGGGAGAACAUUGUAUCAGUUGGCAUUGAUGAUGCACUGGCCUAAUACAGGAAGGAAUUUGUACAGUAAACCCUAACUGAAGGUAAAUAUGCAUCUUUGCAUAUUUGAACUGUCUAGAGUACCUGCCAUUGCUGUGCAAAAUGGGCUCUCUGCUGACCUAUAAACUAGCAUUAUUUUGGACUUGGAAUAUCACCUCACUUAUAUAGAUGACAUUUUUCUCUUUCUCCUUGACAGUUUCUGUGUUGUGCUAGAUAAUUGGUAGGUGUGUGGUGUCUUUACUAAGUAUAGGCUGUCUCUUUGUUUAGGUUUUGUUUGGUGGAGUCUGCUUUCCUUCCUGACCUUCCCAGAAGGUUAUUUAGCUUGCAUCUGUAUCUUUGUGGAAUUGAUGAUCACUGAUUUGAUUAUGAAAAUGUCUUUUCCAGCUUUUAAUUUUUUUCAUCACGUCACAUAUUUUCUAAUUACAUGCACUCCCUCACCACACAGACAUACAUAUCAUCUUGGCCUAAUUAGUAGUUUUCUCCAUAGCAGUCUAGUUAGUGCCUUAGAACUUUGUCAGGAGUGAACUAGAAAAAAGUGCUUACUAGAGCCUAAAAGCUGCUUUAUACUGUAUAGUCUGGCCUUUGUGCUAGUAGAUCAUUGCUGGUAUAAGUCAAUUUAGAGAAAUUUUUAUAUUAAUGCCUCCUGAUGCUGUUUUAAGGUAUCUACAGUGUCUGCUUGUAGAUCUGUGUAUACAUCAUGAACUCCUUAUUUGCUCUGCAUGAAGCUGCUGCACUGUUUUUGGCUUAGCAGACAUGCCUGUCAGCUAGCAUGCAUAUUGUCCAGAUUCCCAUAAACUUAGGCUUCAAAGAGCUGUGUGGGUUCUAAACUCUGUGUCUUCUCUACCCUCAUGCCUUCAAAGGGUGAGAAAUGGGAUUUAUACAUUCAAAGUUAGUCUAGUAAACAUGACUUUUUAUUCUUUUAACAUAAGAGUAUCAAGGAUACAUGGUGGUAAGCAGGCCUGGAGCCUCAAAUUCUAUAAAUCUCAUUCCUAAACUUCGCUUGAAUCUCAUGUUGGCAAAAACAAAACCUGUGGAUUGACUUUUGGGCUUUUAAUCAGAUACUUAUGUUGCACUUAGCUGAACUCUAGUGAAGCAUUAACCUAAAGCUAAUUGGUCUUCUGAAGUAUCAGUUAUGCUCUUUGGGUUUUGAAAAUAUGUAGGAAUGAGCUUAGUCUUCUCACUCGUGAAUCAGUGUGUUUCCAUUUGAGAUCCUCAGCUUGCUGCUGCUUUUUAAAAACGAUUUUAGUGUUUUGAUGUAAUGUGUUCUUUUUCAUGGUUCUGUAUUAUUGGCUUCACCAGUGUUGAUAGGAAAAAUUUAAAUCUCCAGUUGGAAACAGCAAUGGAUUAGGAUAUAAAAAUAAAAUCAUGGUAAUAUUAGUGCUGGAUUUCCUUAAGCCUCUGCUACCCAAUUCCCCAUAUUGAAAAUGUGUACCCCUAUACCUUGCUUCUGGACAAAGGCAAUUAGAGGGGUCUUACUUAUCCCAGUAUGGUUGGAUUUUAAACAUCUGUGUUUCCCACAGAAACAGGAACUGUGGAAACUUGGGAAAUGAUCACUUUUUUAAAAAGGAUUAUUCUUUUGUUGAUGAGUUAUUUUGAUACUAAUGCUAGGAAAAUGGAGAUUCUAGAACAUCUUGAAGUUGGAAUACAACGGUUAUUCUAUUGGGUUUGGGAGAAUUCAAGCAGUCUAUGCAACCCUUCACAUGGUGAGAAAUAAGCCCUCUGCAAUCCCAAUAAGCUUUCAGUGACUUUGAUACCUCCCCAAAUUUCUUGUAUUGCUGCUUGUUAACACCCAGCUUUUAACUCAGUAUUUGCUCCUGAUGGUUUAAGAAAUGUUCAUGUGGUAUCACACUGUCAAGUUUAAUUUUGUCUUUUUAUCCCUCUGUGGAUGUGAUUGAAACAAGCAUGGUACCAAUGAUAGAAUGGUCUAGAAUGAGAAUUAUUUUUUAGUGAGAGACCCAUUUUAAUGUUUCUAAAGUUUUUAAUAUGAACUUGGCAUUGGAAAAGCGGGGGGAAAGAAAAAGAAUGUUUAUUGAAAAGCAGUGUCUAUUUUUCCCCUUUAUGAGUGUGUAUUCAUGGUUGAAUGAAAAGAACAGAAAGACUCUUGGAUUUUCUGUUACCAUGUUAAGUGUGGAGAGGGAUGCUUGACAGCAUGCUAAUUGUAGCCAGAGCAAGUAUGUCUCCAUCAGGUGUUCAGGAAGUCUUCAGUUGAAAGCUGAGGACCUGACUGAUUAGUGAUUGAUUACAUUGGAAUUGAUUACAAGAUGGAGGUGCUGGCUGGGUUAAGCACCUAAAGGAAAGAAUGCAGCAGCCUAACUUAGUGAGUGUUAACCUAGGUUUCUGGAUUUGAAACUGACCUUUCCCCCACCUUACUCCACACACCUAAAAUUGUCCGUUUUCUUAUCAGACCAAAGAGCAAAGAACGAAAAAAAAAAUGUAAAACACUUUACCAAUCUAUGUCACUCAGGUACAAUUUUGUGGUGAUACUUUUGUCUGUUUUCUUUGUAUUGCUCCUAAGAGUCCUUUCUCAGCAUAUUCUGCUGUUGCCUCUGUCCUCCUUGGGGCAUCUUAGUUCUGGAUGCCACCCCUGGUAUCUCUACUGCUGUUAUGUGAAUGAUAGGAUGUAAGUGACCAUUACAGUAAGGGCUCUUUGUAAAAAAUUCAAAAAAUUUUUUAAAAAAUAUAAAGGAUGUUGUAUACAUUUUAUAGUCUGGCUAUCAGUUUGAUAACUUGCUGUCAAGUAUGUUUCUCAAUCUGUAUUUAUCCAUCCCAUCAAUAAAUGUUAAUUAUAAAACA